CAUGAUCAUGUUCAUACGAAGAGGCUCCUUAACUCUCGCCAUAUCUCAAUGAUCCUGAUUGGUGGGAUUAUAGGGACAGGUUUGUUUCUUGGGGUCCGCAAUGCUUUGGUCAAUGGACCCAUUAUCAGCUUGUUGUCGUACGCUUAUAUUGCAGUGAUAUGUUAUACUGUGAUUCAGUCAGUAGGAGAAAUGUCAUGUUAUAUGCCCAUAAACGGUUCAGUUUGCCAGUUCCAGUUCAAAUUCUUAUCUAACAGUGUCGGAUUAGCCAUAAACAUCAUCUAUUGGUUGUCUUGGUCCAUCACAUUGGCGUUGGAGUUGUCACUUAUCUAUUCCGUAUUAUCGUUCUGGAGCAAUGCCCUCCCUUUCGUCAACGAUGGUAACCAAUUAUGGAUCAUUUUUGGCGUCUGGCUCGUUCUUACUCUGUUUAACUUGCUACCAGUAAACUUCUACGGCGAGAUUGAAUUUGUGAUCUCCAUCCUAAAGAUUCUGUUCAUCACUUGCUGGAUCGUUCUAAGCACGUACAUACUCACAAAGAACGGUAUAGGCUUCAAAUACUGGUCCAAAGACUUGCUCUGGGGUGUCGAUACUUUGCAUGUAGUUAAAAAUCGCGUUGGAUCCAAGAUUUUGAAUGUUAUGGCAUCUCUAGUAUCAAGUUGCUUUACAUUUCAAUCUAUAGAGUCCAUUGCUAUCUGUUCAGGAGAAAUCCGCGACGCUCAUAUAAACUUGCCCAAGGCUAUAAAGUAUGUUUUGGUCCGAAUAGUAGUGUUCUAUAUAACUACUCUCUUCUUGUUGACAUUGUUGAUCCCGUGUAAUGAUACCCGAUUGACAUCUGGCGACGACGAUAUAUUUUCGUCACCAUUUCUCAUUGGAUUGAUCAACUGUGGAAUCGGUGCAAGCUCGUUUAUUCUCAGUAUCUUCAACUUUGUUAUUCUUGUGUCGAUGGUUUCUGCUGCCAAUUCCAACAUAUACUUUGGCUCCAGGUGCUUGGUGUCGAUGGUGGAAGAAGAAUACAUGCCCAAGUUUUUGGGCAAAACAAAUACCAAAGGUGUGCCACAAAUGGCAAUUUUGUUGACAUCGUCAAUAGGAUUAAUAUCUCUCUUUUCCAGAGUUGAGACUAUUUCCGUGUUGUUCAAUUUGCUUGUAAACGUUUGCGCUACAUCUGGCUUGAUCAUGUGGUUGUUCAUAAUGGUGAGUUAUUUGCGCUUCUUGGAAACCCUCAAGUUUAACAAGUUAGACUAUAGCACACUUGUUUUCAGGCUGAAUCAUCCUCGUCUCUUGAAAUUUUUAAACUACGUCUCCAUUGUUAGUAUCUGUGCUAUCAUAGUAGGAAACGGGGUGCUAAACAUCUGGCGAUUUGACUGGAACAACUUUUUGAGCUGCUACCUAACACUGAUCAUCCUUGUGGUGUCGUCGUUGUCGCUUCUGUGGUACUGGAACGAGCCACUUCUUGUAGAUAUAGAAACAAUUGAUAUAUUCACAGAACAGUCUCCGUUUGCAUUUGAGAAAAGGCAAGUGGUAUAA